AUGCAACCCAUGGGAGCUCUACAGCCUGGUAUGCCAUCUCCUUGUAUGCUGCCGGAAAAGUGGCACAUAUUGAUCAUUGACUUGAAGGACUGUUUUUUCACGAUCCCAUUACAUCCUCUAGACACCGAACGUUUCGCCUUUUCGAUGCUGUCAACGAACAAAGCCAGCCCAGCAGAACGAUAUGAAUGGGUUGUCCUACCACAAGGCAUGAAAAACUCACCUACCUUAUGUCAACUUUACGUUGCAUGGGCCCUUCGGCCAAUACGUCGUCAAUGGCUGCACACCAUUAUCUAUCAUUACAUGGAUGACAUUCUUUGUUGUCAGAAAGAGCCAUUCUCGGAACAGUCUGUGAAACAACUACAGGAGGUGCUGGCUCAAAAAGGACUUGUUGUGGCUCCUGAAAAGACUCAACGUGCGUUCCCUUGGAAAUACCUAGGGUGGACAAUUUCCGAUUCACAAAUUCGACCGCAGAAAAUAGACCUUAAUACCCAGUUGACAAAUUUAACGGAUGUGCAAACAUUAUUGGGAGAUGUUAAGUGGGUUUGGAACUGUGUGGGUGUCAACAAUGAAGACAUUGCACCUUUGACAACACUCCUGCGAGGCACAAAUCCUGCAGAACAAGUGACGUGA